UAAAGUCAUGCUGAAUUUAAAAUAUACAUUCUUGGUUACAUACUUAUUUCUAUCUGUGAUCUUGUUAAUCAUUAAUUUCAACAUGUUAACAACUCAGUUUAAUGUAGGCAAAUUAUUUUUUGUUAAUAAUCUUCGUGGUCCUUAAUCGAUCAAAUCAGAAUCUAUUGAAAGCUUUUAAAAAUUAAUAUUGAUAAGCACCUAAACUAAUUUAAACAAUAUCUAAACACAUCUUUAAAAAACUAGAAACGUGUAGUGGAUACUAAUGAAUUCAAUGUCUAAGUGAGUUAUCUAAAUGCUAAAAAAUGUAACUAUUACUUACAAGCAGUUUAUGAGCCUCUCAAGAUUAAAUUACAUUGAUAAUAUUUUUUUAACGAAUAAGUAUACUUCAAAAAAUUCGUAUAUAUAAGACAAAACGUGAAAUAACUUUGUCAGAUGAUACAAAAUGUUCAGUGCUAAAGUUGUUAUCAUCCUCGCUGCUGUAGCAACUUGCUAUGGAGUCCCAAGUGCCAAAUUCUACAUUGAUCGCCUAAAGAUAGACGGUGGUAACGCCGCCAAAAUAGAAGAUUACCCAUUCGUAGCUUCUAUCCAAGUGUGUAUUUUCGGCAGCUGCAUACAUACUUGUGGUGGUGUAAUCAUUGAUAACAAGUGGAUACUGACCUCUUCUGCUUGUGCUGUGGAAAGUAUAAAGAUUGUUGUCGGAACUGCUGAUUUACAGGGAGAUGACAAAGUUUUAGUUGACAUUGAUUCACUUUACGUUCAUCCUAACGCUCCCAUUAAUGGAACACUACCCAUUGUAAAUGAUCUUGCUUUAAUUAAGUUAUCUAAUUCUCUGACCUUUAACGACAAAGUUCAAGCGGCAAAAUUGCCAAAGAAAGGCCAAGAAUUCACCGGUAAAGCUGUCUUGAUUGGUUUCGGUGACUCUGAAACACCUAAAAUGAACACACUCCAAGCCGCCCUUGAUUUAGCCCUUACGUCUAACGAUGUUUGCGCCAAACAGUUGGAAGAUUUUUUUAAAGACCAACAGCUUUUAGAUAACGACAGCAACGUAUGUACCUUAAGCACAACCUCAAACACCUGCGAUACUGACCUCGGUAGUCCUCUGAGUCAAGAUGGAACGGUCAUCGCUACAGUUUCGUUGUUCAUUCAGCCAUGCGGUUCCAAAGGAGCUCCAAAUGUGUACACCAAGCUUUCUACUUUCGUCGACUGGAUAGAUCAAACCAUUACCGAAAAUAGUUAAAUUAUUUUAGAAUUUUUAUAAAUUAAAGAUAUAAUUUAACAG